CUCUGAUGACUCAUUAACCUCUGAUAAGCCCCACACACACACACGCGACCUUUCCUUCCAUCUUUCUCCCGACUUCUGUAGAAAAGAAAGGAUCCGAAUUGAAUAUUCCGGGUCUACACUUUUGACCCGGUAAUGAUGAAAUGGGUUUCGUGUCCGUGCUGGGGAACUAACGAUGAUGAAAACUCCGGAGAGGUUGCGGACAGAGAUCCCGUCCUACUCGUCUCUGGCAUGGGAGGAUCGAUUCUGCAUUCUAAGAAGAAGAACUCCAAGUCUGAAAUUCGCGUCUGGGUUCGGCUGUUUCUCGCUAACCUUGCUUUCAGACAGAACCUCUGGUCUCUCUACAAUCCCAAAACAGGUUAUACAGAACCGUUGGAUGAAGAUAUUGAAAUUUCGGUCCCUGAGGAUGACCAUGGACUCUAUGCGAUUGACAUUCUAGAUCCAUCCUGGUUUGUAAAGCUUUGUCACUUGACGGAGGUGUAUCACUUCCACGAUAUGAUAGAAAUGCUGGUUGGGUGUGGUUACAAGAAGGGCACUACAUUAUUUGGAUACGGUUACGAUUUCAGACAAAGCAAUAGGAUCGAUCAACUUAUGCUCGGUCUCAAAAAGAAGCUGGAAACUGCAUAUAAAACUUCAGGGGAGAGAAAAGUCACUAUCAUCUCACACUCAAUGGGAGGAGUAAUGAUUUCAUGUUUCAUUUUUCUCUAUCCCGAGGUUUUCUCCAAGUAUGUUGGUAAAUGGAUUACAAUUGCAACACCUUUCCAAGGAGCUCCAGGGUGCAUCAAUGAUUCACUCUUGACCGGAGUGCAGUUUGUUGAAGGCUUAGAAAGCUUCUUCUUUGUAUCACGAUGGACCAUGCACCAACUGUUGGUAGAGUGCCCAUCUAUCUACGAGAUGAUGGCAAAUCCAUAUUUUAAGUGGAAGAAACAACCAGAGAUUCGAGUUUGGCGCAAGAAAACUGAAAAGGACAACGACGAGACUUCUGCGGAACUGGAAACAUUUGGAUUAGUUGAGAGUAUUGAUCUAUUCAACGAUGCAUUGAAGAAUAACGAGCUAAGCUAUGGUGGGAAUAAAAUAGCUUUACCGUUUAACGUUUCUAUCCUGGAAUGGGCGAGUAAGACGAGAGAGAUUCUCAACAAAGCAAAACUUCCUGAUGGAGUUUCCUUCUAUAACAUCUAUGGAGUGGCUCAGGAUACUCCCUUCGAUGUUUGUUAUGGCACAGAGACUUCUCCAAUUGGGGACUUGUCUGAGAUAUGCCAAACUAUGGUGAGUGAAAUGAGUCUUCUUGAAAAAAUACUCCGACACCUAUUGUCUGAAACAUAUCUGAUCCAAAAAGUGUGCAUCUGGUUGCAGCCUGAGUACACAUAUGUGGAUGGAGAUGGAACCGUACCAGCUGAAUCAGCAGCAGCUGCUCAGUUUAAAUCAGUUGCGAGUGUAGGAGUCUCCGGAACCCAUAGAGGACUCCUCCAUGAUAAAAGAGUGUUUGAGCUCAUCCAGCAAUGGCUAGGAGUUGAGCCUAAGAAAGCUAAACGGAAGCACUCAAGGACUCACAAAGUUGCUGAUUCUGGUUAAAUUCCAAAACCUGCAAUGAAUAAAGAUAAAAUGAAGGAACUCCUUUGUGAUGUAAUUUUUUAAAUUAUUAUAUGCUAUUGUGUAAACUGUGCGACAUGUAUGUGCCAUGUAAUUGCUAGUACAAAGCAGCAACCUUUGGGUUUGUUAAUAAUACAAUACUAAAAGGGGGAUAUAAUCAACAUUCAGCCUAUCCACGUCAGACAAAAAAAUCAGCCAAUCAGAGUUAGUCUUUUUACCACGUCAUUUGAGCUGAGUUAUUAAGGGUAUUUUGUGUGGGCUUUGUUUUAACAAUCUUCAGCCCAACCCCACCCUGUCGACAAACUCUUUUACGGCUCUUCACUUCGUCUUCUUCGUUCUCUGAGUUUAAGCGUUACUUUGAGCCUCUCCUGAUCAGUCAAUGAUCAACCUUAAAUUCUUCUAAUUUUUUUUUUGUUCCACCUCCCCUUGAUCCUGCACCUGUAGAAAGCGUUGUAUCUAAACCUAAAUUCACUCAAAAUCAAAAACCUACUUUGAAACUACAUCCAUGUCCACGAAAUCCACCGGAAAAUCUCAGAUCCCCACUGACAAGACUCAAAUCGCUGUCUAUUUUAAUGACAUCUCACAGGACCAGCUCAGUCAGAGCUUCCAUUUUGGUAAGUCCAUUUCGGCGAGGCAAGAAACAUUGCUAUAUGUUGGACCUUUAUUGGGUUAUAGAGCUCCUCCUUAUCGAUGAACAGGUUACGGUGCGAGUGUGUGUUUUGGCAGGUCGGAGUGAAAUUGAUCCUUGGAGAUGGCCAAGGCCUGCUGUCGAGGUGUAGACGGUUUUGGUAAAAAGUUAACCAAAGUUGUGAGAUGUUUAAGCUGUUUGAUUUCUAUUGCUGUCGCACAAACCACAAAACCCAACGUGGAGUUCAUAUAAUGACGAUGAGCUCAAAUCUGCUGAACGCCUGAACGCAUCAAAAACAUUCCCGUGGGAAAAGGGGCUCAAUAUGAUGUGCCUCAUGGUCGCAUUGGAGAUCUAUAACAAGCAGCCGAGAAAGAGGUUCUGGAUGUUGGCUCAAAUGUACCCGAAGAACAAUAGGAACGAAGAUACGAGAGUCUGGAAAACUCCUCAAAUGGAAGGACUUAUCGAUAGCAAUUCUAGAAUAUCAUCAAUGAUCUAGAUCGAAGUGGAUAUGGACAGUCAAGUUCUUGCAGCCGAGGCAGUCAACUAUUGCUUGAGUUAUUUCUGCAAGUUACAUCUGAAUAUUUUUGAAUAUUGUGCUCAAGUGGAAACUCCAUUAUUCCACAGGAAAGCAUUGCUCAACAUAUAUUGCAGAUCUUGGAGCUCGACAACCUUGAAGAGGUAUAUAAUUUUAAGAUCACUUUACACUCGAAUCAAAUAUAUAAAAUAGUGCAAUCUUCCAGUUCCAUUUGGAACAAAGCAAAGCAUAGUUGCUUUAUGUGUUAAUGUCACUUUUGUGUUUAUUGUAUGUGAUGCAUAAAUGAAAAUUACAAGCGGAAGCAAAUGAUGAGGCCAAGACUUCUCCGCGCUUAUCUAUAUCACCAAACAAAACAGAUUCACCAAUGAUAUGGGACCGUGGAAUGGACGUGGAAUGAACGAAUGUUCUGAAUUUACUCUCUGGGAGGACGAACAGAGCUUGAUGUGAGCAAGACACUGGAGCUCGAGAAGUUUUUGUGGAUAUCUUAAGUUUCUGUUUUGCUAUGCCAAAGUUCAGUGUCAACUACUUAUAUCUUAGUUUCGUGCUGAUUUCCAUCAUGUUUGGAUCAGUAUUUUCAAGAUGUUGGAUUAUACCUUAGUAAGUACUAAGGAAGAAGCUGUUAGAAGGGAGGAUGUUAUGGGAAAACAUUAUCAGGUUUUUACUACUUUUCAAGUCUUUGUUCUUUAUCUCUGUAGAUUAUAAAAGCAAUCAGCCCCGCCUACGGAUUGACUGAGCAGAUGCUUCAUGAGGCCAAUGAGGAGAUAUUUACUUUUGGUUCUUAACGGCUGGGUAGCCAUAUAGAUUAAUAUAAGAUUAAACUUUAUUUUAUUCAUUCUUUUUGUACCGUGAAUUCUUUGGUGUAGAGGAAAUGGACAUCGUAAAGUGGUGCAAGCUGUGUGUUUAUUUAUUGUGGUCUAAUACUUUAGAUGUUGCUCAUACCAAAAUGGUAGUCAAUCUAUAUAUUGUUUAGAAAUUUUGAA